ACCAGUUCCCCGUGAGGCAGUGAGCAGAGCGGUCGCGUCCUCGUGCUCCCCAACCCCGUCGCCGCCGCCGCCGCAGUGCUUAAAGGCCCGCGUUCUUCGCCUUUUAUUUUUAAACUUUUGUGUUGUGAGCGAACGAGGCCGUGUAACGCUGGUGUUGUCACAUUGAACGGAGGGAAAGUUUUUGCCUGUUUCUGCGGAAUUUGUCUGCUUCGUCGCGCCUACGCUGGUUUAUGUGCUGCGCUCAGCGGUUGAGAUUCCUGGAUUUGCAUGCGGAUUGGACCAUACGGAUACUUCAGGACAACUCCAGUUCUUCCAGAGACGCAAAGGUGCCAGUGAGCCCGUGUGCGAGAAGGAAGUCCCCGCGCCGGCCCCAGCAUCGCCUCCUGCAGCAACCCAGCGUGGCGUAGUGGUGGCGCCCGCCGUCGUGUCCCCCGGAGGGGUGGCGAAGGAGACGCCCACGCCCUCCCAGCCCACUUCCCCCGCAGCUGAACCCAUGCCUGCCAACCCUGUUCUGAGCAACACAGCUGUGAGCGCCCAUACUCCAGCCCAGCAGGCUCCUCCUGCCAACCAGCCCGCUGUCAAGAUUCCAAAAUCUGACAAGAAUAAAUCCAAAAAAGAUAAUGACAUUCCUGAUGUAGCAGGCUGGCCAACCCUGGUUGAAGUACAGCAGGCACAAGAGGCCAUUCACUUCAGUAAUAAUGCUAAGACUGAAUGGAGAAAAAGUGAGGAGAGAAAGAUAAAGGAUGUAGACAGAUCUAACAAGGAGCAUGAGAUUGAAAAGUCAGAAGACUCGGGUUCACAUGAUGACGAUUCGCUCAAAGAGAACCGUGAAGCCUCUGCACCACAGACCAACAACAACAAUAACAAUAAACUUCAGCAGACUAACAAUGCUUCCACCAAAGCUGCCAAGAAUAAGAAGAAUAAAAUCAAAAAGCAGAAUUGGAAGCGAUUAGACAUCCCGCCCCCUAAGCGAGAGAAGGGUUUCAGACGAACAGAGGGACGUGCUUCAGACUCUCUGGACUGGCGUGCGGACACACGGGCAACCAGCAAUGCAUCGAGGGGUCGUGGCAGUGGUCGUGGCGGCACAAUCAGAGGAAGAGGCCGAGGGAGAGGAGGUGGCCGAGGAGGAGGAGUAGGAGGAGGAGGGAGCGUUGCAGGGGUAGGCAAUGGACAAGUUGGUGGACGGGGCACCUUUAGGAGCCCCUCGACUGAACCCUUUGAAAAUUUCCACGAAUAUUCAGAGAUUCCCGAAUACAUGCUUCAGGACCCUAAUUUGAUGCAGUUCUUUGUACCAUCAGUAGGAUUCAUUUUCCCGGAGUUUGUGCCUCAGGACGAAACGGCUGUUAAAGAGAAGAUCAAGAAACAAGUUGAGUACUACUUCAGUGACGAGAAUCUAGCCAGUGACAUAUUCAUGAGACGGAAGAUGUCCAAAGAUGGCUACAUUCCUGUGUCACUCAUUGCAUCAUUCAAUCGCAUGAAGCAACUUACCCAAGAUGUUAAGUUGAUCAUUGAUGUAUGCAAAACUUCAGAUAAACUCCAGGUUAAAGAUGAAGUGUGGCUGAGGACCAAACAUGACCCCACAAAGUGGCCCUUGGAGGAUGCCGCAGCUGGACCCCUACAGGCUCAGCUGAAUGCUCUGGCUCCUCCUGUUUCUCCACCAGCCAAUGUCACCCUCACCACCCCAGCCAGCAUUCCCACCUCAUCAGAAACUCCUCAAGUGCCAGAUACUGCCGUCCCACUCUCCCCUUCGAUUGCCAUGAUGAAUCCAGAAGUCCCAGAAUUUACACCCCUACAACCAGAGCUGGACCCUGCCCAGCCAGAGUUUGUCCCAGCACAACAGAAACCUGUCCCCCCUGCCAACAAAACAGAACCUACUAGAAAUGAAAAUGAUGCUUCUGGAACAGUGAGUGUAAAAGAUGACCAGUGGAAGGAGGUAAAGCGAAAGACCCGAAUGCGACGAGAUAGUGAGGGCAAAGACAAGGAGGUGCAGGCACCAGCGAAACAUCCCGUCGUUGAAAAGCCCAGCAGCAACAAGAGCAGUCGGGGAGCUUCUCAGGAACCAUUUGGCUCUAGCAAAGACAUGAGGGAAGAGCUGGACUUUCAGUUUGAUGAAGAGCUUGACAGUUUACCCAAAGCUGGAAGACAACAUGACUUCAGUGAAUGGUCUGAUGAUGAAGAGAGUGAUUAUGAGAUCAGUGACCAGGAUGUCAACAAACUCUUAAUUGUGACUCAGUCCCCGCCAUCUGUCAUUGGUGGAACUUCUAAUAGACCAGCUAAGCAUGACGGAUUUGACCGAACAGGAGACUGGACGACACGCGUGAAGAUCACGCAGGAGUUGGCCAAAGUCAUCAAUGAUGGGUUGUAUAAUUAUGAGCAGGACUUGUGGGAGGGCAAUGAAUGGUUCCCCAAGUCUGCUGACGCACAAAAUGCAGCUAGAAUGCAACAGGUGACGAUGAUCAGUCAAGAGGUGAUGGACUCCUUGCGUCCCAACAACCCGCCUGUCCCUGCUAACCAAGAGGUCCCUCCCCCUCCCCCUCCCCUUCACCUCAUCCAGGGUGAGGAGGAAAUCCUUGAUGAAAAUGUGCCACCAACCCCUAAGACACCAAGAUCUCGCAAAGCUCCUCGCUUCUAUCCCGUGGUGAAGGAGAAGGCCAAUGUGGACCAGAGAACGCCCAGGAAGAAGAAGACCCGUCACUCUCACAAUCCUCCUGUCGAAAGCCACGUUGGUUGGGUCAUGGAUGUUAAAGAACACAAACCACGCACAAGCUCAAUAACGGACUUGAAUGCGAGUCCAAAUGAAAACCAGCUGUCCAGUAGUUGGGGCAGCUCGUACGGAUCUUAUGGCUCUCUACCCGGCUCAAUACCCACUUUCCAGCACCCUUCGCAUUCUCUUUUGAAAGAAAAUGGGUUCACUCAGCAAGUUUACCACAAAUAUCGUGCACGAUGCCUUAAAGAACGUAAAAAGCUUGGAAUCGGACAGAGUGCAGAAAUGAACACACUCUUCCGCUUUUGGUCAUUCUUCUUAAGAGAACACUUCAACAGGAAAAUGUAUGAGGAAUUCAGAAGGCUUGCGAAUGAAGAUGCCAAAGUUGGUUACAGAUAUGGGUUAGAGUGCCUCUUCCGCUUCUUCAGUUAUGGACUAGAGAAGCACUUUAGAGACGAAAUCUACAAUGACUUCCAAGAUGAGACUCUGCAGGAUGUACAGUCUGGCCAGUUGUAUGGACUCGAGAAGUUCUGGGCAUUCCUCAAAUAUUACAAAAAUGCUGGAAACCUUCAGGUGAAAGAUGAUCUGAAGCAAAGACUGGCCAAGUACAAGAGUAUUGAGGAUUUCAGAGUUGAAAUGCCAGAGGAAUAUGAUGCAGCAAGGGAAGCCAGAAAAGCGCGUGUGCGCACGAGAUCAGAGAAUGAGAGCUUUAGAGAAUAUGAGAGCCAUCACAGAUAUGGGAGUAGCUCAGGAGGCUCAAGAAGACGUCAGCGACGUGCAUCAGAAGGUGACGGAGAUCCAGAACAGGCUAACUACUAUUACUAUAACCAGUAUCCUAGGUCCAGAAAUAGCUCGGGAGGAAAUACCACAUCAAAGGUGAGCAGAUCUCGAAGUCGGCAUUCAAGUGGACAGACACAACGGCAAAGAGCAGAUGGUGGGAACUACAAAAAGACUAAGACAACAGCACAGCACAAGGCUACUUCCAAUACCAACAAGACACAACAGCAAGCACAAGGCCAGUCAAAGACAGCAGAAAACAAGAGCCAAAAUCAAGCCAGGGUCAAGCUAGACUUGAGUAAAACAGAAACAAGCACUAAAGCAGAGUCAGCGAAAGCUACAUCAUCAACACAGACUAGUAAAGGGAGUACUAAUGCCAACACAAAGUCAGGCACUGCCAAACCUGAGAGCUUAAUAAAGGGAGCAUCCGAAGUGAGCAAACCAGCAGGUGCUUCAGUUCCCAGGAAAGUGAUUCCCAAAACUGCACCAGUUCCAGUUCCUCAGUCUCCGACCACAUCCAGUUAAACAUGUUAAAGAAGGACUUAUAGAUGGAUGGCCACUUAAGGAUUUUGUGCAUUAUUAAAGACAGAAAUUAACUAAAAAAAAGUUUGCAUAUGUGAAAGUUUGUGAGACUGGUUUACCUGUGACAUAAUAGUGAGAUGUAGUGUUAACAAAGUAAAUGAAAAUGAUGUGUAAAAAAAAAAAAAAGGAAGGUUGAUGUCUCUCUUGCUUCAUGUGUUCAUUAAUUGCAUUGGUUGCAGCGUAUGUAUGACUUUGAAUCAACCUGAUAAACUUGAUGUGGGUAUUUGGUGGUCGGCAUUCAGAUUUUCUCCCUCAUUUGUAAGUCCCCUUGAAGUAUGAUUCCAAAAUCUCUUUUUACCCUUGUUUGUUUUCUUGGAUGUCCAGUUCUGCUGCUGCUGUUGUGAAGAAGACAGUUUUUACGAAAGACUUACUACUGCAUGAAAUUUGAGUUGAAAAGACCUAACUUGCAACAAAUUGCACCAUACUUCCUAUGGACUUCUAAUAAUUUAAGUAUUAGAAUACAAAUAUAAAGUCAUAUAUGUAAAUAUUGGAUUGUUUACUCAUUAAUACAAGUUUCAUGUACCAGAUGAUAAGAAAAACUUGAUUAAGUUACUUCAGCAGAGCUGUUUAUGGUCAUAUAUAUAUAUUUAUAUAUGUGUGUUUGUGUAUGUAUAUAAAAAAAGGAUUAGAUACUUGCUAACCACUCCUUGGAAUAUGCAGAGCCCAUAAAGCAAAAAAUAAAGAGAAAAAAAAUAUUAACCUGAAACAGAAAUUUGUAAGAACCAGUCUAAGUAAAGGCUUGUUGAAAUCUGUUGCAACCUGUCAUCUUCUCAAGGGACAGAAAGAUGGUAACCAUCUCUCAACCUCUACGACGAAAAGCUUGUGGCAGUGGAUGUCAGCAUGCCAUGAGACCUCCCCAGCAGCCUUUCUUUUUCUUUUUUCUUUUUUUCGUUAUUGAUUUUUUUCCCUCUCAUUAUUGUUUUUUGUUUAGGGAGUCGUCUUGUAUGAGUGUUAGAGGCUUUUGAGUGCAUCGGGUCCUUAUAGUCACACUUUCACAAAAUUACUUCUGAAUAUAUAAAGGCAUAUAUAUACAUAUAAUCGUGUGUUUCUUUCAUUCACAAAGAAUAUUAGGCUGAUUCUUCCUGCUGGGGAAGUUAGAUGUUUUGACUUGAUCAGCGGCUUGUGCCUUAAUUAGUACCUCAGCAAAGCUCAGUUUCCCCAUAGACCAUAUGAAAAGUAGAAAGCCCUAUUGAUGUACUUUCUGAGGAACACAAUUCCUGAUCCAGUCUCAAUAAGUAGAUGGGUAUAUUUCUGUUGAUAAUGUGUGCAUGUCUUACCCGAAUUCAGCUGGAAUUGUAGCUAAAAGUAUUUAACUUAGAAGGAAAAAAAGAAAGAAAAAGUCUUAUCAAUAUAUAUUUAUUGAAGUGUUAUGAAAGUAGGUGCUCAUUUCAUCAAGAUAUCUCUUAGCUUGAGAUUUAUGCAGAAUGGAAUGUUUUCCAUCAUGUUCUGAGAGGUUGAUUACUUCCUAGGUUUAUUUUUCUAAUGUUUGUAGGCGUUAUAUGUCUAUCUGGCGAGUUUUCUAAAGAUUUUAUUUGCCUUUUUAUCUGCAGUUUGGCUCUUCAUGGUACAUUAAGCUUAUCAUCCUAUAGUUGUUAUUUUGGCAAAGGUAUUUUACAUGGGAAGUCUCAUUAAAACUUAUCUUCCCUGUUGUACAUAGCUGUUUGGUAAGUGUCAGAAUCUGUAUGGUAGCAAUGAGGUUGCUAUGCAAAUGCAACAGUAAAGAAGUGCUUCUGGUAGAGGGGGGGGGGGAAUAGUUCAUGUGUGGAGUGGAGGCUACACCAUUGAGCGGGAAGGGUUUGGAGUUUGCCUACCUUCUGCAACUUGGAAAGUGAUAUCAUUAUGAUAGAUUAUGGUUUUGAUUAUCCUUGGUAUUUUUGUUAUUUAUUCUUAUUUAUUAUUAUUAUUGCCUUUUUCAUUGUUUUUCCCCCUUUGUCCUGUGUACCACACAGACUUUCAGAGGCAGAGAUUUUUUUUAAUGAAUGGUCAUAAAUAUUCAUGCUUAGUACAUAUUUAAAUAGACUUGAGUUUAGAUGUUAGAAUUGACAUUUUUAACUCAAAUUUGAAUUUCUAGAAGUGUAAAAUAAUAAUGUGGUCAUAAUUUAAGAAUAACUUAGGGUAAUGGUGUAGCUUCACACCACCUCUGUUGUUAAUUAUAAUGUAUGGUUGCAUUUAAUUAUAUUUUGUUGUAAUUCUGUUUUGGAUUGGCUUAAAAGAAAAAAAAAGUACAAAAAGUUCAAAUUAAAAAAAUUCUGUUAAAAGACGCGCGGAUGAAUUUCUUGAGUUUGUUUUGUGUGUCAAAGAAAUGCAUUUUGUUGAUUUAUUCAUUGUAACAAUAAAAAAGAAAAAAAACGCUCAUGUAUAGUAAGGUAUAGGGAUAGUACAUUGUUACAUUUGGGUCAUUUGUAUUGUGUUUCUUUUCUUUGUUUCUUUUUUUUAUUCUCUCUCUCUCUCCCUCUCUCUUUCUUUUCUCUCUUUCUUUUCUCUCUGUCACUCUCUCUCUCCUCUCUCUCCCUUCCUUCAUUAAAAUCAUGCCAAAUUGAGUGUAGUAUAUUUACCAUGGUCACUUGUCCUUUACUUUAAAGCUUACAGCUGUAACCUAAGUGAAUUAUAAGGUCAGAAAAUCAAUAAAAAAUCUUUAAAUACAU